AAUUAAAAAAGAACAAAACUUGAGCGCAGCGGGCUGCAGGGUUUGGUGGAGGAGGGGUUUUUGCAGCUUCCAUUUCCAGCUUCACUACACUCAUGAGAUGAAUCCCUGGAAAAAAUACACAGAAAAAUUAUGCAUCAUCACCGACGCUUCACCCACUUCUUCAACCUCUUCUGCACCAAUACUCCCCUGCGGACACUGCGCACUAUAACCCCUUCCCUGCACCUGCACCUGCACCUGCACCAACACCACCGCGCCCUUUCAUUUUCUCCGCUGCACCGGCAUCCACCGGAUCCCACCCCCUCCCUCUUCAAGGACGACCCAAUCGCAUUCCUCUCCAACUCCUGGGUCGACAACUUCCGCCACCCCAACGCCACCGUCACCAACCUCUCCCCUUCCUUCCGCCGCCUCGACCUCUGGCUCCUCGCCUACCAGAAGGUCGUCGCCGACGACACCGGCUCCUACCUUCCCCGCUCCUCCGUCCCCUCCUCCGCCCUCAACGACCUCCUCUCCCUCCGUAACGCCGUCCUUGACCGCAGAUUCCGAUGGGGCCAGCGCCUCAAGUUCUUCAUCAAGUCCCCCAAAGACACCACCGAUUAUGAAUCCCUAUCGAAGAGGAAAAUCAAAGCCAUAUUAACCACCACACAACCGACCCCUUUUCAGGACAAGAUUGUUCAGGAGGUGUUGCUGAUGAUCUUGGAGCCAAUUUAUGAGGCUCGGUUUUCGAGCAAGAGUUUUGCCUUUCGCCCCGGUAGGACUCCUCACACUGUGUUGAGGGUUAUUAGGAGGAGUUUUGCAGGGUAUUUAUGGUAUAUGAAAGGUGAUCUGAGUACCCUUUUGGAUGGAAUGAAGGUUGGAAUGGUGGUUGGUGCUGUGAUGAGGGAUGUGAGGGAUAAGCUUGUGGUUGAUUUGAUAAAGGACGCAUUAGUUACUCCGGUGGUGAAGACCGAGGUUGAGAAGCCCCAGAAGAAGAAGAAGAGGAAGUACCAGAAGAAGAGGGUGUUGGCUGAGGAUGAGCCUAAGCCUGAUCCUUAUUGGUUGGAUACAUUCUUCGGGUUUGCGCCCGAGGAGGCCGAGAAGGUUCCUAAUUGGGGGCAUUGUGGGAUUCUUAGCCCGCUUCUGGUUAAUGUUUGUUUGGAUGAAUUGGAUAAGUGGAUGGAAGGGAAGAUUAAGGAGUUUUAUGUUCCUUCUAAGAGUGAUGUUAUAUGGAAUAACCCUGAAGGGGAGGCGGAGCAGGGUAACACGUCUUGGCCGGAGUUUGUGCCUACGAGUGGACCAGAUAAGACAAGGAAGAUGGAUUAUAUAAGAUAUGGUGGUCAUAUCUUGGUUGGUGUUAGAGGGCCUAGGGCUGAUGCAGCCUCGCUGAGGAAGCAGUUGAUUGAGUUUUGUGAUCAGAAGUACAUGCUCAAGCUCGACAAUGAGAGCCUUCCCAUAGAACAUAUAACUAAAGGUAUAAUGUUUCUUGACCAUGUGUUGUGUAGGAGAGUUGUUUAUCCCACUCUUAGGUACACUGCCACCGGUGGUAAGAUCAUAAGUGAGAAGGGUGUAGGAACCCUUCUGUCAGUCACGGCGAGCUUGAAGCAAUGCAUCAAGCAGUUUAGAAAGCUGAACUUUCUCAAGGGAGAUAGGGAUCCAGAUCCCCAACCUUGCUUUAGAAUGUUCCACGCUACUCAAGCUCAUACAAAUGCUCAAAUGAACAAGUUUUUGGGCACCAUGGCUGAGUGGUAUAGGUAUGCAGAUAAUAGGAAAAAGAUUGUGAACUUCUGCUCUUACAUCGUGAGGGGCUCGCUUGCAAAGCUAUAUGCUGCAAAAUACAAGCUCCGGUCAAGAGCAAAAGUAUACAAAAUCGGUGCGCGUAACCUGAGCCGCCCAUUGAAGGAGAAGAAAGGGCAGUCUCCUGAGUAUCAGAAUUUGCUAAGGAUGGGCCUUGCCGAGUCAAUCGAUGGGCUCAAAUAUACAAGGUUGUCUCUUGUACCGGAGGCAGAUUAUACUCCAUUCCCUAGUAACUGGAGACCGGAUCAUGAAAAGUCAUUGCUGGAAUAUAUAAAACUAGAGGAUCCAAAGACAUUGGAGGAGCAACAAAGCAGCAUAAGGGAACAAGGUCUUGUUUCACCACAAGAUUACAUUUCAAUGCUUGUUUGGAAUUACAAAAGGAGUACUCUUCCUAGGGAUCAGCUCUCCUUUGUUAAGAGCGAUGAAAGUACGGUGGGAAAUCAACAGUUGCUGGUUGGCUCGAACCAGGAUGAAGAUGACCGCAAAAGCAACGAGGAAGAAAAUGAUGAAAAUAUGGAUGCAGCACAAAUGUAACAAAAGGUUGAUCUCUUCUUUCACCUUCUCACUGUUGAUGCUUGCCUGACAAAGGAUUAAACAAGAGUGAGUAGUUCUUUCGCGCUGGUAUGACUUGGUACUCUGCCUGUGAAGUUCCAACACUGAGGAUGAAGAUAAAAAUUUAAUCACUUAGAAACACAUACAAUCUUUCAGCAUGCUGUUGUGGACUGCUUUUUUUAACGAGACUAGUCGAUGGAGUAUGCAACUUUCUGUGCAAGAACCAUGUUGCUUUUUUUAACGAGACCGGAGGAAGGAGUAUGCAACUUUCUGUGCAAGGACCAUGUUCCUUAUACGGGUAGAUGCAAGUGAUAAGGAUACAGGAAUUGAGCUGCAAAAGAAUCGGUUGAAAUACAUGAUAAAAUUUUCUUGAAGUUGGUCAUUUGUUCAUAUGUAUUAGUCUUAAAUUUUGGGUGUCUUCAACUCCUACUAGGAAGCAGAAGCAUUACAUAUUUUGUUUUCAUUAAUUCCACCAAAAAAUGGGGAAAGGUUGAGAUAGCAAAUUAGCAGU